GAGUGUGGAAAGGCCUUUGCUUCGAGUUCAAAUCUUAAUGUCCAUCAACGUAUCCACACUGGGGAGAAACCUUAUAAAUGCUUAGAGUGUGGAAAGGCCUUUGCUUCGAAUUCAGAGCUUACCAUCCAUCAACGUAUCCACACUGGGGAGAAACCUUAUAAAUGCUUGCAGUGUGGAAAGUGCUUUGCUCAGCCUUCAAACCUUACUAUUCAUCAGCGUAUCCACACUGGGGAGAAACCUUAUAAAUGUUUGGAGUGUGGAAAGAAGUUUGCUUUGAGUUCAGAGCUUAUUGUCCAUCAACGUAUCCACACUGGGGAGAAACCUUAUAAAUGCUUGCAGUGUGGAAAGAGCUUUGCCAGGAGUUCAAACCUUACUAUCCAUCGGCGUAUCCACACUGGGGAGAAACCUUAUAAAUGUUUGGAGUGUGGAAAGGCCUUUGCCUCGAAUUCCGAGCUUAUUGUCCAUCAACGGUCACACACCGGGGAGAAACCUUAUAAAUGUUUGCAGUGUGGAAAGAGCUUUGCUAGGCGUUCAAGCCUUACCAUCCACCAGCAUUUCCACACUGGAGAGAAACCUUAUAAAUGUUUGCAGUGUGGAAAGAACUUUGCUUUGAGUUCAGAGCUUACUAUCCAUCAGCGUAUCCACACUGGGGAGAAACCUUAUAAAUGCUUCCAGUGUGGAAAGCUCUUUGCUCGGCGUACAAGCCUGACUAACCACCAGCGUAUCCACACUGGGGAGAAACCUUAUAAAUGCUUGCAGUGUGGAAAGAGCUUUGCUGUCUGUUCACACCUUACUAUCCAUCAGCGUAUCCACACUGGGGAGAAACCUUAUAAAUGCUUGCAGUGUGGAAAGGCCUUUACUUCGUGUUCAGACCUUACUACCCAUCAGCGUAUCCACACUGGGGAGAAACCUUAUAAAUGCUUGCAGUGUGGAAAGAGCUUUGCUUGGCGCUCAAGCCUUACUAUCCACCAGCGUACCCACACUGGAGAGAAACUAUAA